UUUUUUUUUUUUUUUUUUUGUUGUUGUUUUUGGGUAGUGUACUGUUAACACUAUCCUUCUCUAAGAAAUGGGGGAGGAGCAUUUGGCUUUAAGCCCUUCUGACAGAGCUGUUGAGCAGGCAAUUGUUGUGUUAAAGAAGGGUGCACAUCUUUUGAAGUAUGGCAGGAUAGGGAAGCCCAAAUUCUGUCCUUUCAGGUUAUCCCAGGACGAGAAAUAUUUGAUUUGGUACUCCGGUGAAAAGGAAAAACAACUGAGGUUGAGUUCAGUCACAAAUAUAAUUCAUGGACAAAAUCCGGUAAAUCUUCAGAAGCAGCUAAAACCGGAAAGAGAAAGUCAGUGCAUUUCACUUGUAUAUGCAAAUGGCCAGCGAUCCCUUGAUCUGAUAUGCAAGGAUAAAAUGCAGGCGGAGUCCUGGUUUUUGGGCUUGAGAGCUGUAAUAUCCAGGAGUCACCAUAAACGCUUUCUGGGAAAUCCCAAAAGCAGAAGAGGAGCUCAAAGUUGCGUCAGCAGUCCAGCUAGUUAUAUACGGAGAAGACAGAAUCUAGGACUUUAUCCAAUGGAUUCCACAAGAUUAUCUAAGGUCCGGAGCUUGGCAGGAAGUCCUGAUCAGUCAUUUUCCGAGAGGGGAUUUUCUGAUGGUUUAUCAUGUUCUUCUGACAGCUUCUUUUCUGAAUUAAGUAUAUCAAGUGUGCAUAAUGCAGUGGAUGCAAUAAACUCAGGUUCUCCAUAUGCUGGACCGGAUGAUUUAAACAAGAGGACUGUAGAUUUUGGUCAGGGAGAAAAUCAAGCCAAUAUGCUUAAUCUGCUCGAGACAUCUGUCUAUGAGUCAACACAAUCAGCACAAUAUGCGUUGAGAGACGUUUUUAUUUGGGGAGAAGGGGUAGAAGGAGGGUUUUUGGAGGGAGGGGGCACGAAAUUAGAUGCACUAUUACCCAAAGUUCUAGAUUCCACGGUCAUGUUUGAUGUACAAAUGAUAUCUCUAGGCCGAAACCAUGCCUGCUUAGCUACCAAACAAGGCGAAGUCUUUUCCUGGGGUGAAGCAAAGCACGGGAGGCUGGGGCAUAAAGUCGAUAUUGAUUCUCCCCACCCAAAAAUCGUUGUAUCCCUUAACGGAAUUCAUGUAAAAUCUGUUUCUUGUAGUGAGUACCAAACGUGUGCUCUGACAGCUUCCGGUGAAAUUUAUACGUGGGGCGACAAUUUCUCUAAUGCCGAUUAUGCAAGCGAAGAUAGGAAGAGAAGCCAUUGGUUGCCACGUAAGGUUUUGGGUUUGCUGGAUGGUGUAAAAAUAUCAUCCGUUGCUUGUGGAGAAUGGCACACCGCAAUUGUCUCGACAUCCGGGCAAUUGUUUACUUAUGGAGACGGAACUUUUGGGGCGCUUGGCCAUGGGAACAACAAAAGCGUUGUGUACCCAAAAGAGGUUAAAUCCCUCGAGGGCUUAAGGGUGAAGUCCGUUGCAUGUGGAUCAUGGCAUACGGCUGCAAUUGUUGAAAUCAUGGCGGGUAAUUUUGAAUCCAAUAACUCAGUCGGGAAGCUGUUUACAUGGGGUGAUGGCGAUAAAGGUAGAUUAGGCCAUUCCGAUCAAGAGAAUAGACUCGUACCAACAUGUGUUGCGAGGCUGGUGGAGCAAGACUUCGUUCAAGUUUCUUGUGGCCGAACUUUAACUGUCGUGCUAUCUAGCACGGGAAAGGUUUACACGAUCGGGAGUGCUGUGCACGGGCAAAUGGGUAGUCCACAAGCCAAAGAUAAAUCAAUAACGGUUGUACAAGGGAAACUUAGAGACGAGUUUGUAAGAGAGAUUUCCGCGGGAUCUUAUCAUGUAGCUGCCUUAACAUCAAAGGGUAAUGUCUACGCUUGGGGGAAAGGCGCAAAUGGACAGUUAGGGUUAGGUGACAGGAAAGACCGAAGCUCUCCAACUUUGAUCGAUGCUCUAAGAGAUCGACAGGUCGAACACAUUCGUUGUGGCCCGAGUUCCACAGCAGCAAUUUGCUUGCACAAGUCGAUAUCUAGCAACGACCAAUCCACCUGCAGAGGAUGCAACGUGGCUUUUGGCAUCACUCGGAAGAAGCAUAAUUGCUAUAAUUGCGGGGUAUUAUUAUGUCGUACAUGCUGCAGCAAGAAAAGUACAAACGCAUCUUUAGCGCCCAGUAAAAGUAAACCUUUCCGAGUGUGUGAUCCCUGUUUCAACCAACUUCAGAGGACUACUCAUUUAGGGCCAUCAUCUGAGCUCGAAAUAUAUACCCCCAGACCACUUUUUAUUAAUACAAGGUCAUAUAUCGAGGAAAAUGAAGAGAGGGAUCAGGUGAAUACUACAUGUAGAAUUACAUCUAGCAGAAGAAAAUGUUUUAGUAUGAGCAGUCAAUUGAAUGAAAAGAAGGCAAUGAAUAAUCAAGAAAAGGAUCAGAAUUUAAAUCCAGUUUCUUCCGGGCCUGAUUUUCCAAGAUGGGGACAAGUCCCUUGCCCUCAAAGCUUUGAAAACAAUCUAAUAGAACACGAAAAAGUCCAGGUUCCCGAGAAGGAUCCAAUAGUUUCCACUUCCCCGGUUUGUUUGCUCAAGUUCCAAACGGAACCAAACAAUAUGCCUUCUCCUCCAUUAAUGCAGCCAGACUGCUCAAAAUCAGAUGAUCUUCUCCUCGAAGAGGUUCAGUCACUAAGAAAUCAGGUUGAGAGUCUUAAAAAGCUAUGUCAGUCGAGAAAUGAGAAAAUUCAAGAAUGUCAACAAAAACUCGAGGAAGUUUGGUUAUUGGCAAAAACAGAAGCAACCAGGAGGAAAGCAGCACAGGAAGUUAUAAAAGCUUUGUCAUCAAGGCUUCAGUCCAUGUCAGAGGGUCUCUCUGUGGGAAGAGAAACGAAAGAUCAGGAUAGUGGACAUUCAUCGGUUGAUGAUGCUAGUGGAAAUUCGUUGCCUACUAAAAUACUGCGAAUAGAUGCAAGGAAAACGGAUAGUCUUUGUAGUUCUCCAAUUAUUUUCUCGAGUACUUCAAGAUCCUUGCGUAACAAGGACGACUAUGGACAGUCUAUGUCGGGGGAGGAGUCGUGUCUAACCGAGGCAGAUUUUGGACAAGCUGCAGGAAUGGUAUCAUCCACGCCCGAAUGGGUGGAACAGUAUCAACCCGGUGUCUAUAUUACACUUAGAACUUCGCCAAUUGGAGAGAAGACGACUCUCAAGCGAGUUAGAUUUAGCCGGAAAAAGUUCACGGAGAAGGAAGCGCAGAGGUGGUGGAAUGAGAACCAGCUAAUUGUAUACCAGAAGUACAAUGCUGAUAGAUAUUCAGAAUUGAACCAACGUAUAUAGAUUUUUUUUUUUUGAAUAUUUUAAAAAUUUUACACUAUUUCACAAUGUAAUUUAGUUCACUUCUGAAUUAUGCACGUGAAUGGAUGAUUAUUCAUUAUGACUUA